CUGAUAUAAACAACAAAAAGAAGAAGACGACCAUGAGCACGACAGGAGGCAUGUUCGCCGUUCUGAAGGAGAAAGUUGGACAGGUUCUGGUUCCGGGGGACGAGUUCUGCUUUGGUGCAGAGGAAACGAUCUCUCUGUCGGAGAGCGCGAAGCCGGAGCGCGCGGUGUGUGGACCAGGGCUGCGGCGGAGCGGAGACCGCCUGGUGGUGAUGAAGAGCGGCGUGCUGCGGCACAAACCGCCGCUCACCUUCUGGAUCGAUUCCCAGCAGAAGCGGUAUGUCGCCACUAAAGGGGAGACCGUGAUCGGGAUCGUGACGGCCCGAGCAGGAGACACCUUCAGGGUGGACUUUGGCGGCAGCGAGCUGGCGUCUCUGUCUUACCUGGCGUUUGAAGGAGCCACCAAGCGAAACCGACCCAACGUCCAGGUGGGCGACUUGGUGUUUGCUCAGUUCCUCAUCGCCAACAAAGACAUGGAGCCUGAGCUGGUGUGCAUCGACGGGUCGGGGCGAGCCAAUGGGAUGGGGGCGUUUGGAGCAGGAGGUCUGCUCAUCAAAGUCUCGCUGGGGCUGGUCAGAAGGCUGCUCGCCCCCAACAGUGACAUCCGCUUGGACCUGGAGCAGCUCUUUCCAUGCGAGCUGGUGGUGGGCAUGAACGGCCGGGUGUGGGUGAGGGCGUCCAGCGUCCAGCAGACCCUGAUAGUGGCGAACCUGCUGCAGAGCUGUGACACCAUGACGACGCAACAGAGGCAGCAGCUGUUCAGGAGGGUCCAGCAGGGGGCGCUGUAGACCUGGAAGAGGCCUUGUAAGACUGUGGGCUCAGAUGGAGCUCUGUGAUUGGUUUACAGCAGCCAGCUGAUCCCUGUCAGCAGUUGGUACUGCUCUCUACAGAACCUCUUGGAGCCGUUUGUGUUGGUGGCUGUGAGAAGCUAAAGUGUGGCUCAGAGGUCAGGUGACAAUCACAUGACAUAAUUUCUGUGACAAGGGAUUCAGCAGGAAGCAUUUGUUCCAAAUAACUUCAAAUGUUUAAAUAAAGUUUUUUUUUAUUUUGUA